CGCCCGCCGUUCAUUAGUGUAACGAGCCUGGAGCCCGCAGGUAUACAGGAGGAAACCGGACGCAGCUGCGCGCAGUUCUCGACCCUCGCGCGCGCGCAGACUCCCUCCUUUUGUCCUCGGACGCUCCCCGCCUGUUGCUCGGCUGCGUUGGAGGAGCAUGGCUGCUAUCAAAGCGUUGGAGCUGUGGUGUAAACUGCAGUGUGAGGGCUACAGAGAUGUGACCAUCACCAACAUGACGACCUCCUUCAGGAACGGACUGGCUUUCUGCGCGCUCAUCCACAAGUUCAGACCCGACCUGAUAGACUAUGACUCACUGAAAAAGGAGGAUGUGUUUGAGAACAACAGGCUGGCGUUUCAGGUUGCAGAGGAGAAGCUGGGCAUCCCAGCGUUGUUGGAUGCAGAAGACAUGGUAGCUUUAAGGAUCCCAGACAGGCUGAGCAUUCUGACGUACGUCUCCCAGUACUACAACUACUUCAAAGGAUGCACUCCAAUUGGAGGGGUAAAAAGGCCAGCAGAGGGCUCCAAGGAGGAGCCGUCGGAGAAGAAAAAUCUGCCAAUUCUUGCCAAAACUUUUACAUCUAAAAAGGACUCUGAGAAGUGUUUAGCUUUUACGGAUCAGACGUCAUCUAAAGUGGGAAGAGCUGCUGCUCAGAAGGUAGUUUUGUCUAACAGUCAUAACAAAAAUGGGACUCUAACCAGCAAAUGUGUGGAAUGUAAGAGUCACGUCCACCUGGUUCAGAGGCACUUUGUGGAAGGCAAGCUUUAUCACAGGAGCUGCUUCAAGUGCUGUGAGUGCGGCGGCGUGCUCCACGUAGGAGGCUACCAACCCGGGAAGAAUCCGGACAUGUUUGUCUGCAACGCCCACAAAGACGGCUCAAAACCGUCCGAAGAUGAGGGCAAAAACGGGUUUACUACCUCGCCGAAGACGAGCACGCCUUCCGUGUUAACGGCCCCGCUUCCCGCUGCGGCGAAACCCCUCAGUGCCGCCCCGCCCCCUUCGUCCUGGACGGCCUCGGCUCAGAAGACCCAGGCGGCCCGGCAGAGGUUUUUCCAGUCUCAACCAGAAACUUCUACAGAAGUGAGGAAACCCAUUGAGUCGUCAGAAAAGAGUGGAGCCAGGACAGCUGGACGCAAGCUGGCAGAGGAAAACCGCAACAAUAACAACAAACGUCCGUUCACCGUCCGAUCUGCAGAGACGCGGUUUAGUGAAGAACCAAAUUCUGCUGACCGAUGCAGCCAGAGAAGGGAUAAAUGUGGCCAAAGUUCAGCAGGAAAUGGAAGCGGAGAGCUUUCUAUUAACAGGAAAGAGAAGGAAGCUCCAGUUUUGAAGGUCAUCAACCAAGAUGACUUCAGGCCAACAGCUGUACACAAAUCCACCAAAGAUCUAAUCAGCCACGAGAGACGGACCCCAAGGCUCAAAACUGAAGAACGAUUAAGAGACACUCCGCCUGGAGCUGUUACUGAGCAGCAUGCACAUGAAUUCAUGUCCACGGCGCCCUGCCACGUCCCCAUUAGUGCAACAAGGCCUCCCUCGGCUCAAACACCUGCUGUACCUGCAGUUUGCUUUGCACUGGUUGGUCCUGCAGGCCUCAGGGAUGCCAGUCCCCAGAAACCAACACCUGCCUCUGAAAGCCUUGACUUUAAAUAUGGAAGCCACUUGGCUGUAAAAUCCUCUCUCAGACCUCCUGCAGAGCAAUCUAUUAACUCUUUGUCGACUGCUCCAUCCAAUUCUGGAAAUCCGUCAGCUGCUAAAAAGGGAAAGUAUUUGUCACCCACCAACGCCUUCAGGACUGAAAUGAGGUCACCCUCUGUGAAGUCUUAUCAUAUUCCAGUGGAGCAGAUUGAGAAGCAGCUGAUGGAAAUUGAGACAAAUUUGGCUCAUUUGGAGAAAGAAGGUGUUGAGCUGGAGAAGAAGCUGCGCAGGUGUGAAGAAGAGGGAGAGGGGGACAUACUGAUGGACCCGCUGAUGGUUGACUGGUUUAACCUCAUCCGAAAAAAGCAGAUGUACAUCAGGAAGGAGUCGGAGCUUGUAUAUAUAGCCAGGACUCAAGAACUGGAGGAGCAGCAGCCGAAUGUGGAGGGAGAACUGCGCAUGCUGCUGGAGAAACCAGAUCAUUUAAAGUCCAGAGAGGAGAAACGGAGGGAGAAGACACUGAUGCAGCGACUGAUGGAGAUCGUUGAUGGCAGAAAUGCGAUUGUGGAGGGUCUUGAUGAAGACAGACGGAGGGAAGUGGAAGAAGAUCUACAGUUGAAUAAGAUGAUGCAAAAUCUCGGAGUGAAGAAAACCAAAAGUAAGAGGAAGUCUUCCAUCUCCAAACUGUUCAGGCGACGAAGUAAAAGAAGAGUUGAAUAAAAAGUUUUGCUUUUAUUUAUUUUUUUUUAUAAACUGAAUUAAAUGUCUUUUACUAUAUUUCACUGUUAAAUGGUUUCUUAAAAAUGGUGACACACAAAUGUCAGUUUCUCAUAUAUAAAUGCAAUUUUAACAAUUUACCUUUUUGUUUUUUUCAGAUUUUAUUGUUAAAAAUCAAAUUUAUCGUUUAACACAAGCCUGUUUAAAAAAAAUAAAACGCACAGUAAAUGUUGGUGCUAAAUGCUGUGACUUUACAUGAAUAUUUCUGCAGGUUUUGAUCUAUAAAGGUGCAAUUUUUAUGAAACAAUUGGCACUUUUUUUAGAAACUGUAAUUUUGUUUGUCAGACCAAUUAAAAUAUUUGUAUUAUUUUGUUAAAAAUAUUGGAGUAGUUAUUCUUGCUUUGAAACAAAUCUAAUUUCAUUUUUCAAUAUUAGUUUUUUUUUUUACUAAAUGUAACAGUGAGUUAUGACCUGGAGCGUGAACUCUCAUCUUGAGGUGCUGCUCUUCUCACUUUGGCCUGUAGGGGGCAGCGUGGGUAUGUGCUUCCUCACUCAAAAACUUGGAAAUCCAAUUUGCCACAGUACAGACAGUUAAUUUCUUUGCUAAUUUCAUAAAUGCUGCCAAAAUGUUCAGCUGUGCUGAUGCAAUAAUGUUAUGUGAAAGAGGAUUAAGUUGAGCAGUAGCUUUAACUGGGGAGGGCUUAUAAACUAUAGGUUCUAUUGAGCUUUUUUAUCUGCAAACCUGGUUUAAUUAAACAUUACUUUUUUAUUAAUAUCUGCAUCAGAAUGGCUGCAUACCUGAGCUAUUAAAACGUGUGGAGUCGCUCAUGUGUGAAAAUGGGAUUUUUGUGUGGUGUUUGUGAGGGAAUGUUGCUGUAUUCUUUCACGCAACCUGUUUAUAAUCAUUUUAAAAGUUGAAAUCUGUUUUUCUAAUAAACCCUUCAAAGACUGCA